UCGCGGUAGAAAGUGUUCAGUUAGAGGGAAACUUAACGGUAAAACGUCAGAAGUUUUAUGGGACACGGGUGCCCAGGUAUCGAUCGUUUCCGAAAACUUUGUUAGCAAAACCUUUCCAAACAUUCCGAUUCGAGAUGUUAGUGAACUACUAGAAUGUGGCCUAACACUGACAGCAGCUAAUGGUAGUAAGAUACCGUACGUGGGAUGGGUUGAAUUAAAGUUUCAAGUCCAAGAUUCUGCAAAUGAAGUUUCUGUCCCCUUUUUGGUAACCCGAGAAAACUUAGAACUACCUUUAGUAGGUUUUAAUGUUAUAGAACACAUGAUCAACUCGGGAACACUUCAGGAGAACGAUAUCCUAACCGGCAGUUUUGUCGGGAUAAACACCCACAACGCAGUGACGUUGCUGGACUUGGUGAAAGAGAUAAAUCAUGGCGAACUAUGCCUUGUGAAAACUCCCAAAAAGGACACUGUUAUACCUCGAGGGCAAGUAGCACAAAUACGUUGUAGAGUGAACACUGGACCCCUGAGCCAACUGACACCAGGCCAGUCCUAUUUGAAGCAGAUGAGAAUGGUCACUGGCCGGGAGGCCUACAAGUUUCCGAUAAUUUAUUAACAGUUAAAGCGGGUAAGGCGAGCAAGAUCGAAGUAGAAAUAAGGAACACUACAAAACAUGAUAUAAGUCUAAAAGGUCGGACAGUUCUCGGUCGCUUGCAAUUAGUUCAGUCAGUUGCCCCUGUAGAAGUGAAACUGAAAGCCGCUGACCCAAAGUCCCGAAUUCCUCCAAGUACGAAGUCAACUGAUGACGUCUCAGAGGACAAAAUUCGAGGUUGCACAUCUAACCAUCUGCCUGCUCACCUUAAAGAAAUCGACCUAAGUCGACUCACCAAUGAACAAAAGAAAGUUGCUGAACAACUACUCAUCGAGCAAGCUGAUGCUUUCGCCCAGAGUGACGAUGACGUAGGAAGUAUACCAAACCUUGAACUGAACAUCCACCUGAACGACAAAACCCCAGUUCAAAAGAACUAUGUUGCUGUCCCUCGACCAUUGUAUCCCGAGGUGAAAGCUUAUAUCGAAGAUAUGUUAAACAGGAAGUUUAUUCGGAGAUCAAAUUCGUGA